UGGUGAAAGUACCGCUAGAUGGGUUGUAUAUGGCCUUGGUCUCCAUGCUGCUGGGAUCGCUGCCAUGGUUCGGCUCGGUCAAGCCAAAACAGCCAAGGAUUUCUCCACGAGCUAGAGAAUACACAAUAUGCAGAGGGGAGGUCGCGAAGUUUGACCCAACCUUCAAGGGGCCCAUUCACAAGAGGGGAUGCACGGAUAUAGUCUGCUGUUUUCUCUUUAUCGUUGCCUUGCUUGCCUAUUUUGGUGUGGGGAUUCUUGCCUGGUCCCAGGGUGACCCCAGGAAAAUCCUCUAUCCCACUGACAGCAAAGGGAACUUCUGUGGGCAAAAAGGAACACCCCAGGAGAACAAGACGUUUCUGUUUUACUACAAUAUCUUGAUGUGUGCGAGUCCUGCGGUUUUGCUCCAAGGCCAGUGUCCCACCACUCAGAUAUGUGUAAAACACUGUCCUUACAAACAUCUCACGUUGGCCAAAGCCGUUGAAAACAAAGACGACCGUGACUAUUACGCAGAGUUUUGCCAGGAAGGUGUCAAUUCAUCAUGGCCUAUCCACAUCCUGAAACAAUAUUGCCCUUCCUCAAUCUUGGCCAGCAAAGCCUUCACACGACGCUGCGUUCCAACCAUGUCAAAAUUAAAGAAUGGCUCGGUGGUUGUGGGCAAUAAUACCAUGGUUACAAUCGACUCCGCCAACGUUUCCGCCAUGGAAGUACUCAAUGCGACCAAGAAGUCCAACAUGCUUUUUGAAGCUCGCCAGUUGGCCAUGAAAAUCUUUGAGGAUUACACUCAGUCCUGGCACUAUAUCAUUAUAGCUCUGACAAUAGCAAUGGUUUGUAGCUGGUUCUUCAUAAUCCUGCUGCGCUUCCUGGCAGACAUCAUGGUGUGGGUCAUGAUUGUCUUGGUCAUUGGAAUCGUAGCCUAUGGUGUGCUGCAUUGUUUCCUGCAAUAUCAAAGUCUGAAAGCGGAUCCUUCUACUGACGUGUCUAUCGGCCAGCUGGGAAUGCAGCCCGACUUCGCGGUCUACCUUGAGAUCAGACAAACCUGGCUUAUCUUCACAAUUAUCCUCGCCAUUGUGGAGUUCCUCAUCAUCGCGACACUCAUCUUCCUUAGGAAGAGGCUCAUGGUUGCUAUCGCCCUCAUCAAAGAGUCCAGCAGGGCCCUUGGAUAUGUGACAUCAUCAUUAUUCUAUCCAUUGCUGACUUCUGUCCUCCUGGCAAUUGUGAUAGCUUACUGGGCAGUCACUUCCGUCUAUCUGGCCACAUCUAAUUCUGAAGUGUACAAAGUGUCGGCCAAUGAGAAUUGCACAUUCCGUUUUAACACCUGUGAUCCCAAGACGUUCAAUAAAACCAACAUGUCGGCCGAGUGUCCCGAAGCCGAGUGUAACUUUGCCUACUAUGGUGGGGAUACCCUGUACCACAAAUACAUCACCUUGUUCCAGUUUUACAACGCCUUCCUCUUCUUCUGGUGUGGCAACUUUGUCACGGCUUUGGGACAAGUCACUCUGGCUGGGGCCUUUGCCUCUUAUUACUGGGCCUUUAAGAAGCCUGACGAUAUACCCCCCAACCCCGUCAUGUCUUCUUUGGGGCGCACCCUCAGAUAUCACACUGGUUCAGUGGCAUUUGGCUCACUCGUCCUGGCGUUGGUCCAGAUCAUCAGGGUUAUUCUGGAGUAUCUUAAUCACAAACUGCAAGGUGCUAGAAACAAGUAUGCUAAAUUCUUGCUGAACUGCAUGAAAUGUUGCUUCUGGUGUCUGGAGAAAUGCAUCAAGUUCCUGAACAGAAAUGCUUACAUCAUGAUUGCCAUCUAUGGGAAAAAUUUCUGUACAUCAGCUCAAGACGCCUUUAUGCUUCUGUUAAGGAACAUUGCCAGGGUGGCUGUCUUGGACAAAGUGACAGACUUCCUGUUGUUCCUUGGAAAACUGCUCAUUGUUGGAGUUAUUGGAGUCAUCUCUUUCUUCUUCUUUACUGGAAGAAUGGAUUCUCCUGAGUACGCUUCUCCUACUUUGAACUACUACUGGGUGCCCAUAAUGACAAAUAUAGUUGGAUCCUACCUCAUUGCCCAUGGCUUCUUCAGCGUCUACUCCAUGUGUGUCGACACACUCUUCCUCUGCUUCUGUGAGGACUUGGAAAGAAAUGACGGCUCGCCCGAAAGGCCUUACUACAUGUCCCCCGAGCUGCACGAUCUCAUCGGCUUGUCAAGGAGGUCAGAGGGAGAUGGAGACGAUGCUGACUCUCCUGCAAGCAAAGGAGAUGUGUUGGAAGUGGAAAAUAUUCAACUGCAGGAACUUAAGAUGCAGUCUAACAUCUCACAUGCGAAUGUGGAAGAUGAGCCUCUGCGAGAUAACGCUGAAGUUGCAAACGAGACCAACGAGCAAACAAGGGAGACCGAGGAGCAAACAGUCAGUGAAGAUGCGGUGUUGGAAAAAGAAAGAAGCAGGGGUGACAGUGGUUCUUAAAUUAACCUCAAGUGUGAAGUAAACUUAACCAACCAUAUUUUAACGGCUAAAACUAUUGUAAGCAUAGUUUUUUUUUUUAAACGCAACCCACCUUAGGUUCUUAAUUAAAACCCAUUGCAACGUGCUUAACAAAAAAAUGCUUAUGUCCGUCAAUCUUUGGUAAUCGGCAGAGAUGAUGUCAUUUCCAGUAUGCCAAGUCAGCCAGGAUCUCACUUCGGAAACACGAUUAUUUGCUGACUGUACGAACUAGAAAUUAUUCUUUCAUGCUUUAUUGUAUAAUGUUUCAUUACUUGUGCCAUAAAAUGAUUGCAUUUGGCAUUUUCUGAAAUUACUUCACACUUGGUCUUUAAGCAGUUUGGGGCGGGGAGACCUCCAAUUGAAAAAUGAGGAUACGAGUCCGGAGAAUGAAAAGUAAAAACAGAAGAAGCCAACUGUAAACAUGCUGCCUCUACAGAGGAAUUGAUUGUUGUGGAAUGAAACAACCUCAAUGAUCUGGCUUUAAAAAAUGCACAGCAGGAUUUGUGUCCACGUCGCUUGGAAAUUGUGUUAUUCUUGGAACAGUGUUGCUUUUAACAUGUCGAGAAAGUGCUUAUACUGUGCCUCUGAUCACUCACUGAAAUACUGUAUGUCGUCUAUUAACGCACUACGCAACCUCUCUGUGUUGUUUACAUUUCAAUUUCAGGUGCAUCUUGAUAGAAGUGUGUGAUUUUUCAUGAUGUUCAACAAUACAAGCUGAGGCAAAAAUCUUACAUGUGAAUUUAAUGUUGUGUUUAUUUGAGUUGAUCUUUCUGCAGUAGUGUGUAACAUUCUUGGCUUCACUCUUGUAAAGAGACCCUCACCAUGCACAGUAUUGUACUGCCAACUAUUUGCCUUGAUUAUUGGACUGGUGUUAAGUGCUGUGAUUUGUGGCUCUAUGAUACAGCCAUGGGGCCCUCUUUGACCCUUACCUCCCUGUCCUGCCUCUCCCUAUCCCUUAUUCUCCUUUUAUAUGCUGCAUGAUACUGAAAUGAACAUUUAAGGCUACGUUCUCUGCAGGGUGUGAUGCCCAAUUCCAAUGUUUUUUGUUAUAGCCGAUCUUUUAAAAUGCUCCCAAUUUAACUUGGCAAUUCUUUUGUACUCUUGUGACUUUGUGAAGCAUGUAUGUUGACUUUCCAUGGAAUGUCAUCUACAAAUAG